AUGAAGUUCGCGAAGCUGUACAACAUGAGGAAGGCACCGAACGUUUGGUGGGUGCCGGCGAAGCUGAUGAUCCUCGCUGCGGCCAUUGUGGUGCCGGUAGCCGCAAAUCGGGAGCAUAAGGUUCACAAUAUAGUCCUCUACCCGAACAAGCAGUCCUGGUGCACAACGCGCAACAUCAGCCAGGUGAUCACCGAACCGGGCUGCAAGCAGGUGACGAUCGACAACAAUGUGUGCGUUGGGGCCUGCUUCAGCUACUCCAUCCCGCACACCGAACCGUCGGAUCCGGGCGAAGUGAUUGGCCCGUACUGUGACUCCUGUCAGCCAUUGAACUAUACGCAUAUAUUCGUUAAAGUUGAUUGCACCGAGAACCCGAACAUGAAGACCCCGUACCUGUUCAAGCAGGUGGAGCUCAUACACAACUGCUCGUGUACGGCCUGCGAGGAACAGUCGGCGCGGCGCAACGGCCACAACGGUGGUCACGACUCCGCCGAUAGCUCGCAGGAGCACAAGUCGCAGCAAAGUCCGCUGGAAUCGGGCGGUGUCCAGGAGCAUCACCAUCAGAGGGGAUCGGCCCACGCGGGGCACACGGCGACCGGAUCGGGCGAGUCCGACGCCCAUCCCGACAGCGACAUGAUCCAGGACGACAUCCCCGAGAUACUGGAGGUGGUGCACUACAGCGAAAACGAUACGGAUCUGAUCCGGCACACGCCGGUGCACGACUUCCAGUCGCAUGACAGCGGCACGACGUACAUGCAGCAGCAGCAGCUCAACCACUACGAGCACAACAGCCACACGGACAACGUGAAGAAGCUGCUGCAUCAGAAGAUCACCAAGCUGCUGCACUCGAUCGAGGAGACGAACUCGCAGGCCGACCGGGAACAGCUGAUCGAGAUGAUACGCCUCAUCAAGGGUACCAGCGAUCGCAACUGGGACGAGCUGGUGGACAGUCUGCAGUCGGAGAACUCCAUCCUCGACUUUAACCGCCUGCGCUCCGAGCUGGUGGAGGACGAACCGUUGGGUGUGCCGUUUGGCGAUCGCAGCCGGGACGAUGCGCCGGCGCGCAAGCAGCACCACGCGCUGCCACCAGAGUACGAAGACCACCAGCGGUUGAUGCAGCAUCAGUACGACUCCCUGCGUCAUCUGCACGAGCACAAGGUUGGCCGGGGUCAGGAGCAUGCCGCUGCCGGUGAUGCACCCGGCACCGCCUCGGUUGGCGAGGAGUCGUCCACAAAGCAGCAGCAGCAGCACCAUCACGCCCAUCACGUCGUCGGUGAGCGGGUCGACGCCCAUCACCAUCUGGAGCGUGGCCCACACGGUUCGCUCGUGAUCCGGGCCAACGAGGAAGACCAGGAGAUCCACCGAAGCCGUCAGAACGGCCACGACAUCGAGGAGAAAAUCAACAUCCACGCACACGAGCUGAAGCCGAACCACGCCGGUACGGUCGUCACGUACGACAGCCACCAUCCGGCGUCCUCGGGAGCGGGCGAUGGCAGCAGCCGCCAGCACCACCAGCACACCCAGUCGCACCAUCCGCACCACCCGCACCACCACGCCGGACACCAUGCGCACGGACGCAGCCACGAACACCGAGGCGCACCGCAGGACCACGUCGACCACGGUCACCAUCAACAACCGUCCCACCAGGCCACCGUCCCAGCCGAUCCCUAG